UUUCAGUAGGACACAUUAUACACACACAUGUGCACAUAUAUUUGCGUGUUUCUACUCAGUUCUGCAAAAUUUUUAGAAGUAUCGAUACGCGUUGGUGUAUUUUCGGUGGAAUUUUUGUGUGCAUGCACACAAAUACCACAAAAUUUCGCUAUUACGAGCUACGUUUAAGUAAAACAAAACGGGUUGAAUCGUAUCACAAAACCAUACCUUCGAAUUUGUUUUGUUGCUGCUUGGUAGUACUACAGUACAUUGGUACGUAGUUCACGUAGUCCCGUUGACGUCCUUGCGCCGUGUAUGUUCUGUCUCGGUCUGCGUUUCUUCACUUAUCCCUCUCGUUCGGGGUAAUUGUACAUACACGCGACACGCUAACGUAAUUUCGUUCAACGGUUUGAUUUAUUUUCGUUUAUUGUUUUUGUAAAUUCGUGCUGCAUCAACAGUGACUUCCUUUUAACAAAUGGCCACAAUAGAUGGUAGACCGGCGCAAUAUGGGAUUUCUCUUAAACAACUUCGAGAGCUCAUGGAGCAUCGAGGUAGGGAAGGCGUAGCAAAGCUAAGCGAAUUUGGCGGUGUCAAUAAAUUAUGCGACAAGUUGUAUACAUCACCAAACGAGGGUCUACGAGGAACCCGAACUGACAUUGAACAUAGGCGUGAAACAUUUGGUUCUAAUGUUAUCCCACCGAAACCCCCAAAAACGUUUUUAACAUUAGUCUGGGAAGCGCUGCAAGAUGUCACUCUAAUUAUUUUAGAAGUAGCUGCGUUAGUUUCUCUUGGUUUAUCAUUUUACAAACCCGCCGAUGAAGAUGCACCCCUCCUGCAAGAAGAAGAAGACCACCAUGGCUGGAUAGAAGGCCUAGCGAUUUUGAUCUCGGUUAUUGUUGUAGUAUUUGUGACAGCAUUCAAUGAUUAUUCGAAAGAACGGCAAUUUCGAGGCUUGCAAAAUCGUAUUGAAGGCGAGCAUAAAUUUUCGGUUAUACGUGGUGGGGAGGUUUGCCAAGUAUCUGUUGGUGAUAUUGUAGUUGGUGAUAUUGCACAGAUAAAGUACGGGGACUUGUUACCAGCGGACGGUAUCCUUAUUCAAAGUAAUGAUCUAAAGGUUGAUGAGUCAUCAUUAACGGGUGAAUCAGAUCAUGUAAAGAAGGGUGUCGACGUCGAUCCUACGGUACUUUCUGGUACACACGUUAUGGAGGGUAGCGGAAAAAUGAUAGUCACGGCUGUUGGUGUAAAUUCACAAGCGGGUAUCAUAUUCACACUACUGGGUGCUGCAGUUGACGAACAAGAGGCUGAACUGAAAAAGAGAAAGAAAGAAGCUAAAAAGGCGAGAAAGCAAGGCAAAGGCUUACCAGGUACUGAAGAUGGCCGAGCCCCAACAAAGAACAUGCACGCUCCACCACCACCAACAGAUGGAAUCAAAUCCGAAUCCGAUGGUAAUCAUGUGCAACAGGCGUCAUCACCUGCUGAAUCUGGCCAUAAAAAGGAAAAGUCUGUGCUUCAAGCGAAAUUAACCAAACUGGCUAUCCAAAUCGGUUAUGCUGGUUCUACAAUAGCCGUUUUGACUGUAAUUAUAUUGGUCAUACAGUUUUGCAUCAAGACCUUUGUUAUUGAAGAAAAGCCAUGGAAAAAUAUUUAUGCAAACAAUUUGGUCAAACACUUAAUUAUUGGUGUGACCGUAUUAGUAGUAGCAGUUCCAGAAGGUUUGCCGCUUGCUGUGACAUUGUCGUUGGCCUAUUCUGUAAAGAAAAUGAUGAAAGACAACAAUUUGGUGCGGCAUUUGGAUGCUUGUGAAACUAUGGGUAAUGCCACUGCCAUUUGCUCAGAUAAGACUGGUACACUAACAACAAAUCGAAUGACUGUCGUACAAUCCUACAUCUGUGAAAAAUUAUGCAAAGUACUCCCAACGUUAAACGAUAUACCACAACAUGUAGGCAACUUAAUAACCAUGGGUAUAUCAGUGAAUUCUGCUUAUACCUCCAACAUUAUGCCUGGACAAAAUCCUGGGGACUUGCCCAUUCAAGUCGGUAACAAAACUGAGUGUGCUCUAUUGGGAUUCGUGCAAGGUUUAGGAGUGAAAUAUCAGUCUAUUCGGGACGAAAUUACUGAGGACAAAUUCACCCGUGUAUAUACUUUUAAUUCGGUGCGUAAAAGUAUGGGUACUGUCAUACCUCGUCCAAAUGGUGGUUAUCGCCUGUUUUCAAAAGGAGCUUCAGAAAUUAUGCUAAAAAAAUGUUCUUUCAUUUAUGGGCAUGACGGCGUUCUGGAGAAAUUCACUCGUGAUAUGCAAGAAAGGCUGAUACGUGAAGUUAUUGAGCCAAUGGCUUGCGAUGGUUUGCGUACCAUAUCUGUCGCUUAUCGAGAUUUCGUACCUGGAAAAGCGGCUAUUAACGAAGUUCAUAUUGAUGGCGAACCGAAUUGGGAUGAUGAAGAAAAUAUUAUGACGAACUUAACGUGUUUAUGUGUGGUAGGUAUUGAAGAUCCCGUCCGUCCGGAAGUUCCUGAUGCUAUACGUAAAUGUCAACGUGCUGGUAUAACUGUUCGUAUGGUUACUGGAGAUAACAUUAACACUGCACGUUCAAUUGCCUCAAAAUGUGGUAUACUGCGUCCAAAUGAAGAUUUCCUUAUAUUGGAAGGCAAAGAAUUCAAUCGUCGUAUUAGGGACAGUAACGGAGAUGUCCAACAACACUUGCUUGAUAAAGUUUGGCCAAAGCUGCGUGUUUUGGCGCGGUCGUCGCCUACUGACAAAUACACGCUUGUUAAAGGUAUCAUUGAUAGUAAAGUAAGUGAAAACCGUGAAGUAGUCGCUGUAACUGGUGACGGCACCAACGAUGGUCCCGCGUUGAAAAAGGCAGACGUAGGCUUUGCGAUGGGCAUUGCUGGCACUGACGUGGCUAAGGAGGCUUCAGAUAUUAUAUUGACAGAUGAUAAUUUCAGCAGCAUUGUGAAAGCGGUGAUGUGGGGACGUAACGUGUAUGAUUCCAUUGCUAAAUUUUUGCAGUUUCAACUGACUGUCAAUGUUGUUGCUGUAAUUGUUGCAUUUAUUGGUGCAUGUGCUGUGCAGGACUCACCACUUAAAGCUGUACAAAUGUUGUGGGUAAAUCUCAUUAUGGACACUCUUGCGUCUUUGGCCUUGGCUACUGAACUUCCAACACCUGAUUUGUUAUUGCGCAAACCCUACGGCCGUACCAAACCACUGAUAUCACGCACAAUGAUGAAAAACAUAUUAGGACAAGCCCUGUAUCAGUUAUUUAUAAUUUUCGGCCUGCUCUUUGUGGGCGAUUGGAUACUUGAUAUUGAAUCAGGUCGUGGUCAAGAUCUUGGUGCCGGACCUACCCAACACUUUACUAUUAUAUUCAAUACAUUCGUUAUGAUGACUUUAUUUAAUGAGAUUAAUGCAAGAAAAAUACAUGGACAAAGAAACGUGAUAGAAGGUCUGCUAACAAAUCCUAUAUUUUACACUAUAUGGGUUUUUACAAUGAUCGCCCAGGUCGUAAUCAUACAAUAUGGUAAAAUGGCUUUCUCCACUAAGGCAUUAUCUCUUGACCAAUGGCUAUGGUGCAUAUUUUUUGGCAUCGGUACGUUAGUCUGGGGACAAUUAAUCACUUCAGUGCCUACCAGAAAAUUGCCUAAAAUAUUAUCAUGGGGCCGUGGACAUCCUGAAGAAUAUACUGACGCUAUGCAUUUAGGGGAAGAACGCUUCGAUUCAAUCGAUUCUGACAAAAAACCUCGAGCUGGCCAAAUUCUUUGGAUAAGAGGACUAACACGUUUACAAACUCAGAUUUCAGUACCGUUACGCGUUAUUCGUGCAUUCCGCUCAACAUUGGAAGACUUGAACGAGCGCCGAUCGUUGCAUAGCUUGCGCAGUCCACGCGGCACGAUCCCCGGUUAUCCGCUGUAUAAUUCUAACCUGCUUAAUCCUAAUUAUGCGCACCAGCAACAACAGCGUACUAAUAGCCCGCAGCAACACCAGCAAUAUAAAAAUAAUAAUCAGCCUGGUGGUGGCAAUGGGUCUACGACGGCGGCCGCCCUGCUCUCAGACAUCACCUACAUCGACGAAGAGCCGCAGCAGCAGCAAUUGCAGCAACGUUACAAUCUGCUAGUGGGGCAUGGGACGGCUGCCGCCAUCAAUGGCCAUUCACAGACAGCUCAGCGCGCGGUGAAUGCCUUCACUGAUGCUGCACAACAAAUACAGCAUCAACAGAAACAACUACAAACUGAGACACGAAUUUAAAAUACUAAAAACUACAAACUAACUAAUAAAAAAUAGAAUGAAACAAAAGAAAGAGAAGCGAAAACAUCAAACACUCAAAAUAUAUACACACACAAAAAACAGACAUACAUAGUACAUACUAAUACACGCAUACUCAGCAAACAUGAUUUCGAACGUUUCGAAGAAAAAUACCAGGAACUAUUUCAUAAAAGUGACCAUUGCAGAUUUUUCCGGAAAGUUUCAGAGCCAGAAUUGUCGCCGACAUUUUUUCUGUUUCAUAGACGCCUGGACCGACAAAACUAAAUAGCUCCGUUUAAAAGUUUUCACAGGAGAAUUUUCCAAUUUUGUAUAUGGUAAUUACGCGAAUUUCAUUGCUCUUCAAUAAUUUAAAUAUUUCUUAAAACUAAAAUAAUGGAAAUGCAAUGAUUACAUAUGAAUUAUAUCUAAAUUUCAUAUGACUGCCGACAACUUUGAAAAAACAUGGAAUUCAAACGGUGACAAUUGUUUUUAUGAAACAAAACAUCCACCAAACUGUCGAAUUUUCACUGACAAUACGGUAAAUGCCUGUCGUGACAAAAUAGUCACUGUCCCUUUAUGAAAUACGCCCCAGGCCUAACUUGGUUUUCACAAAUUUUCUCAAAUCGGUUUCGAGUGAAAUCACACGGAUUGCUUUUGCUAUUCUAGUAAUAGUGCAUAGAGAAAAAAACCACCUAAUGAAACAGAACAGAAGUAAUAAUAUAUGUAGUAUGUCGUAUUAUUUGUCUUCGCAGUCUUCAUAUAUGUAUGUAUCUAUGAAGAAAAUCUUGUUGAUCAAAUUAAUAAGGAAUUACAUAUGUAUGUACAUAUUUUGUCUUUUAUUAGAAGCGCAGUCAAGUUAGCUAAAAAAAUAAGUAAGUGAUGUAAACACACAAUAAUUUGCAUUGAGCUGAAAAUUGGUACGAAUGUUGGGAACACCGGUAAAAAUAAAAUGUGAAAAGUCCCCAUCGAUCCCACAUCUGCAAACAAAAUUAUUCAAGGUCACAUAUAUUGUUUUUUUUUUUUGCAUUUUUAAGCGAAACUGUAAGAUAAUAAUUUUUAAUAAAAUAUUAAGUUCAAAUAUAUUUAAAAUUCUUAAUUUAGGAGAAAAAAGUAAUCACAGUGAAACAGGGAAUAAAUUGAACUUUUCCUUGAGUUGUGAGGAAAACAAGCAAUCGGGGUGAUCAACAAACGAGCUUUGAUUGAGACUAUUUAUAUGUAGUAAGUACUUUAGUUCAUACGUAUUGCCUUCAUAGGCAAAAUUAUCGAUACGAGUAGGUAUCGAUACUUUAGAUCCGAUAUUUUUCGAUACUUUCUUUCGAUACUACUUCCAAGUAAAAGUGUCGAUACCUGCAUGGUAUCGUUUCCUCCCUACACUUUUGUGUAACCUUUUUUAUGAUAAACCUUGCUUUUUGGCUGAAAAUUUAAAAAUAUCAAUUUAUGUGACCUUUGACCUUGAAUAAAUUUUUAGCAGAUGUGGGAUCGAUGGGACCUUUUGCAUCCCAUUUGUAAUGAUGUUCGCAACACUUGUACCAAUUUUCAGCUUUAUGCGAAUUAUUGCGGUUAUGAUUAUGGCCGUGGUGUUAAGGAAUGUCACAAAUAAUCGUUUAGAGAGCUUCGUUACGUUUGAUCAGAACAGCCGAUUGCAAUGGUUAUGUCUAUAGCAGCACUCUGUGUAUGGUUACAUUUCGGUUCAUUUGCACAGUAGUACAUGCAUAUGUCGACAUAUCGAAAAAUUUAGCUAAUCAAAUUGAAUGGGAGAAAUGUACUCGACAUCGAGAACCUCAAAGGGCGCGUGCUUCUUUCGGUUUGGCAUAAUAAAAACUUAAAUAAAGUUAAAAAAAAAAAAACAAAAAACCAAAACAAAUGAUUUUUGUUUCCUUAUCUGAAUUUCGUUUAGAAAGUUGAAGAUUCAAAAAUUGAGUAGUCAAGUAUUUUUUAUGGAACUGUUUUUGUUAUUAAUGUCACAAGAAUAUAUUAGGAAAUAUAAGUAUAUAAGAAAAUUAGAUUGUGGUUGCACUUGCUUCCAGCGGUAAUCCGUUAUUUAGUAAAUUUUCCUUAAAGUAAAAAACACAUGCGCGACGUCGUGUACCACAUGCGGCACACUGUUGGUUUUAUGUUUAAUCCUAUUUAAAAACGUUAUGGCACAAGAAGCUUGGAAAAGAAGUAACGGCUGUACGUAAGGGCGGUACAUUCGGUUCUAAGUCGGAUCAUUUUUGCAUUUAUUAUCUAAGUAUUUUGGACUAACUACUAAAAAACCGGAUUUAAGGAGUAUUUUCAAUGCGGCAGUUCACGAUUUGUAGCAUUUUUGGUAUAAAGGUUCUACGUAACAAUUUAGCACGCGUUUUGUUGCUUCUCCAAAAGCAGUCUACAUACAUAUGUAGCAACUUUACACCUUAAAUGCUACAAAUUUUGAGCUCCCCUAAUACUAGUUUAUUCAAGCAAACUUAAUUUGUUACAGGACGCAAAAAAAAUCGAAAUUUAUUAAUUUUCUGAAACAAAACAGAGAUACUUAGACAUCAAUGUAUUUACCUUUUACAUCGUGGCCACUGGUAGUAUUUGACGUCCCUGGGUAAGAAAUAUAUGUCACAGCCGCACAGUGGGAGACAUCACGAAAAAGCUUGCCAGUAUUCCGAAAAUCAAAGUUGUCCGACUGUUGAAAAACAUGGUAAUUUGUCAAGAUGAAGGUCCAUUGUAGUGGAUGAAAAGUAUAAGGCACCCUUUUUUUGUAUCUUCUUUACUAGAGCAGUUUGAACUUGCUAAUCCCACUUAAAAUUUUAUUUAUUUUAUUUUAAAAUAGUGGUUCAAACACUUAAUUAUUUUUUGCGAGAUAGAGAGCGUAGCUGACGGUAUCUUAAAUAAUCUAAGUCAUUAAAUUUAAAUUUUUGACACAACUAAAUAUAUCUAAAAAUUAAUUGUAAAAGCUGUCUCAAAAAAAAUAUAUAAGAAUAUUUUUUUCAUUUGGUUGUUGAAAAAGUUGUGAUCGCGAGAGAUCGGGAUAUUCUGCAUUUUGAAGAUAAUAGAAGAUAAUAGCAAAAACAACAAGAAAGUAACCAGAU